AUGAACAAAACAAAAAUGAAAAAUGGGCGAUGGUUUUUUUACGAAGACCGUUUGGUAACAGAAGAUGUCGAUGAGUGUCGCAAAGGUACACACCAAUGUAACACAAAGGCAAAUUGUAGCAACACACCAGGUUCAUAUAACUGCCAGUGUCAAAUUGGUUACGAAGGAAAUGGAAAGAAAUGCAACGGGCAACUUAAGGCAAUUUUCAUAAUCAAUCAUUCCGAUCAUCAGUCCAUAUUGAAGAAAUAUGUAAGAUAUUCAAACAAAAAACGGAACAAAAGCAGUCCGAAAAACCUGAGCAUGGCAGAUUCAGAUGUCGACGAAUGUGAAAAAGGAACGCACAAAUGUGACAAAAAUGCAAAAUGCACCAACACUCCAGGCUCAUUCAACUGUCAGUGUCUGUCAAACCUGGUUACACAGGAGAAGGACGGAUAUGCGAAGAUGUCGACGAAUGUGAAAAAGGAACGCACAAAUGUGACAAAAAUGCAAAAUGCUUCAACACUCCAGGUUCAUUCAACUGCCAGUGUCAACCUGGUUACACAGGAGAAGGACGAAAAUGCGAAGGUUCUGUCGGAUUACUUUUACGAUAAUUAUCUCGCAACAUUAACUAAGCCAUUAUUAGUAUCGUUCUCAACAUUGGAUAGGGAUCCAUGUGGUUACAAUGCAAACUGUACAAACACGAAUGGUUCGUACAUUUGUGAAUGUCGGACUGGAUAUGAAGGAAAUGGAACAAAUUGCACAGACAUCGACGAAUGUGAAAAAGGAACGCACAAAUGUGACAAAAAUGCAAAAUGCACCAACACUCCAGGCUCAUUCAACUGUCAGUGUCAACCUGGUCACACAGGAGAAGGACGGAUAUGCGAAGAUGUCGACGAAUGUGAAAAAAGAUCGCACAAAUGUGACAAAAAUGCAAAAUGCACCAACACUCGGGGCUCAUUCAACUGUCAGUGUCAACCUGGUUACACAGGAGAAGGACGGAUAUGCGAAGAUGUCGACGAAUGUGAAAAAAGAUCGCACAAAUGUGACAAAAAUGCAAAAUGCACCAACACUCCAGGCUCAUUCAACUGUCAGUGUCAACCUGGUUACAUAGGAGAAGGACGGAUAUGCGAAGAUGUCGACGAAUGUGAAAAAGAUCGCACAAAUGUGACAAAAAUGCAAAAUGCACCAACACUCCAGGCUCAUUCAACUAUGUCAACGAAUGUGAAAAAGGAACGCACAAAUGUGACAAAAAUGCAAAAUGCUUCAACACUCCAGGUUCAUUCAACUGCCAGUGUCAACCUGGUUACACAGGAGAAGGACGAAAAUGCGAAG